AUGACGCCCUAUAAGCCAAUGGAACGAUCGAGACAUACUGCAACGCUCAUUGAUGAUAAAUUGUAUAUUUUGGGUGGUUACAAGCCUCUUGAAGUUGGAAAAGAUUUUUUUUAUCUUGAUGUCUCUGUCCCAUUUAUUACUCGAAAUUUGUUAUGGAAAGAUUUAUCAAGCAUUAAUACUGUUCCUUCACAUUAUCAUGCUGUAUCAGUGAAUGGUGGUGAGAAUAAUAAUAGUUUAUUCUUAUAUGGAGGAUAUGUCGAUGUCACUGUAACGGAUUUUGUUUAUAUCUUUAAUCCGAAAAGUAAUUCAUGGAGUAUCCCACAAAUAAUUGAUAAUAUUCCUCCAAAAUUAAAUGGCAAUAUUUCUAUGAAAAAGAAUGUAUUGACCGGUAUUAUAGACCGAAAUGGAAAAAUGUAUCUAUGGGGUGGACUUGUACUCGGGAAGAAUACACAUUUUUUUAAUAAUGAUAUGCUUAUAUUAGAUACAAAAAAGCUUAUUUGGGAACUGGGAAGUUCAUUUGAUGCGCCGACUGCAAGAAUGAAUUAUGGUGCCACUUUAUUACCUGAUAAUAGGAUAAUUUAUAUGAGUGGUUUCAAUGGUGAUGUACUAACAUUGAACCAGGUCUAUUUAUAUGAUACAAUCAACGAUAAUUGGAAUACAAAAACGACCUCAGGAAUAGUGCCUUCCGGUAGGAAUGGUUUUUCUGCCGUUCUCGGAUCGGAUGGCCAAAGAGUAAUAAUUUAUGGAGGUGCUCCUGCUUUAAAUCAAAAAUUUACACCUGAAAAUUCACUUUAUGAAUUAAAUGUAAUUAAUUUUGAAUGGCAUAUUCCAAAAAUUUCUGGAAUAAUUCCAAAAAGUCGAGCGUAUCAUAGUGCAAAUGUAAUUGGAAAAUAUAUGGUUAUAACAUUCGGUGAAGGUUAUGACCGAUUUACCGAAAGUGAUAUUUUAUUACUUGAUAUUAGUAAUGUUGACGAAUAUAUAUGGACAUAUGAAUUUUAUCCUCCACCUCUUCCACAAUCAAGUACAAGUUCUGGUAAAGUACUAACAUCACCAUCACCAUCAACAAUAUCACCAUCAAUUAUAGUACAAUCACAAUCGGCACCUUCUAUGACCGGCGCGAUUAUAGGAUCUUUGAUUGGUGGUGCGACUUUAUCUUCUGUAGGUUUCCUUUCAUAUAGAUGGAAUAAAAAUAGACAGAAAAGUAAUAAUAAUAAUAACCAAGAAGAAAAAAAUACAUAUAAUCAUGGACGAGAAAUUGAACAAAUACAAAAUGAAUUUAUAACUAAUCAUGAGCCAAUAAGUACUCCAGAUUCGAUAAUUAAUAAUUGUAGCAAUCAUGGACAGGAAUCGAUUCCAAUUGUUGAUGAUAAUAGGUUAACGUUGCAUGAACUUAAACAAGAAAUUCAAGAUUUGAGACAAAUAAUUAUACAAAGUAAUAAACAAUCCACUAAUCCUAUUAAGUAA